GUCGAAAGUGAAAGAUCGAAGAUUGAGUAGUCAACAAAAUAAAGGCAUCAAAAUAUUUUGAAUUCUAUUAAUAGCCGAUAUAUAAGAAAAAAAAGCUGUAACAAUGUCAGUUCCAAAUUUAACAAACAGUCUGUUGCAACAGCAGAACAUUGUAAUAAACCAGGUUCCUAUAACACACACAAUAAUGACCAAUGUGUCCAAUGGUGUUCCUAUCGUAAAUGCAAUCCAACAUACAAACUCCAAUGAACAAAACGAAGACAUAAAAACGGGGAUACCGAUGGUAGAAACAAUUCAAGGAAACGUCCAAAAUAUUCAAGUACAAAGCAUACAAAUGCAAAACGCGAAUACGCAACAGCAAAAAACGAAUGUGCAGCAGAACGUUUCUUCGGGGGAACCCCAACAGGUACUCACGAAGCAGCGCCUUCAGGAUUUGGUCAGGGAAACGGACCAGACCCUUAACCUCGAAGAAGAAGUGGAAGAAAUAAUACUCGGUUACGUCGACGAAUUCGUCGAUAGGUGUCUGAACGGCGCCGCUUUGAUAGCCAAAAAUCGCAAUAACAACACGAUCGAAGUGAAAGACGUGCAACAGUUUUUAAACAGGAAUUACAACAUGUGGUCCCCGGGUUUCGGCACCGACGAGCUGAGACCCUACAAGAGGAGCCUCACCACCGAUGUUCACAAACAGAGAAUCGCUCUCAUACGAAAAACUUUAAAGAAAUAUUGAUGAAUCCGUUGGUUUUUAAUGAACUUUUUUACCAAGUUGUAUGUACAUAUUUGAUCUGUUUAUUUCUUAAUUUUUGUCUUAUGAACUUUGAAAUAUAUAGAGAGUACAA